AUGUUGGAGCAAUGGCAAAUGCGAGAACGACCAUCGUUAGAGACUGAGAAUGGCAAAGGAUCGUUGCUGCUGAAGACAGGUGUUGCUGAUUUGAUCAACCUGUGCCCUUUUGGAGAAGUGAUCACUGUUGCCUUUCCAUGGUUUCUGGCUAACGUCCGAAUUAAUCUUGACAUGAAAUUGUAUGAAUUGAAGUAUCAGCUCUUUCAACGAAUUGGUCCUAUGAAAUGGGCUCCAUUCACCACAAGAGCACAAGAUUAUAGAUUCCAACAAUUGAAUGGUUUCGGAGAAAUCGAAGAGAUAUUCAAUGAAGAACAGCAGAUAUCAUCACUCGAAAUUCACGGAACGUUCCCAAUCUUGUUUCUCUUUCAACCAGAGGGCGCCAAUGCUGACUUCCAAUUGAUGGCCCACAUAAGUGAAUGUCUUGAAUAUUCACUCGAGAAAUUAGAGGGUAGUCUAGAUGAAGAGCUCCGACAGUUCCGUGCUUCGCUCUGGGCCCGAACAAAGGAGACUUGUUUGACACGUGGACAAGAAGGAACCAAUCACUAUGCGUUUCCUGAAGAACAGUAUCUGUGUGUUGGAGAGGAGUGUCCGAGAGAUUUGGAUUCGAAAGCGAGAUCAGCGAAUCUUACCUAUCAGGUUUACUGGAGGUGGAGACAAGAGGAGUUGAACGAAAGCUGUGAGAGAACGAUGAAAGUUUCGAUUCCGUUUGACUGUAAUUACACGCCGUACACAUUACUAAAAAGAUGUCUAAAGGAAUUCGUCCGCUUGAAUGUAUAUGAUGCUGAAGAUAUGGAUGAUGAAGGAUGGAUUCUGCAAUUAGCUGGACGACACACUUACGUAACAAAUGCGGAUGUCAAACUCACUUCAUAUGAUAGGAUUCGUUCCGAGUUGGAAAGCUAUCGUAGCCCUGCAUUCAUCAUUUGUCGUGAAUCCAUUGUUAUGAAAAACUAUGCUCGUCCGAAACCACUUUACGAACCACAUUAUGUGCGAGUCCACGAGAGAAAACUGGCUCUGGAUGUUCUAAGUGUUUCUAUAAACAACCCCGCCACCGACGCAGAGCCACGUGCAAAAAACGAAGACAAGGUUCUGACUGAUUUUCGGCCAACCGCUUCACUUCAGCACAUUUCUCUUUGGGAUCUCGAUGCAAACCUUAUGAUUCGCCCAAUAUCUAUUACUGGCUUCAAUUACCCAAAGGAAAAGGAGAAAGACGAUAAAACAUACGCUCGAAUUGAGUUCUCAGUCUAUGUGGGAACUCUAGUCUUAGCUUCUAAGUCUACCUCUAAGACUAAUGCCAAAUUUGGAACGUGGAAAAAUGAAAUGUACACUUUCGAUUUGUACAUGAAAGACAUGCCUCCAUCUGCUUUAUUGAGCAUUAGAGUUUUUUCCGGAGAACUGUGCAAGAACAAUGAGAAGGAAUUCGGAUGGGUCAACAUCCCUCUAACAGAUUGGCAUGAUGAAUUACGUCAAGGGCAGUUCGAAUUCGGUAUGUGGGCUCCUGAACCAUCUUCUGAUAGAAGCCGAAUUGGAGAAAAUGGAGGUAGAAUUGGUUGCAAUGUAUCAGUAAAGUUCGAAAUCUCAAGUUACGGAGGAAGAGUUAGAAUGCCUAGUCAUGGACAAUACACGUACCUUGUGGAACAUCGAAGUACUUGGACUGAGGCAGCCGAUAUCAUGGGUGACGACUACGAAGCUUGUAUAAGUGAUCCUGGUUAUAAAGUACUACAACAACUUGUCAAAAAGCAUGAUGAUGGCAUAGUAUUGAAUGAAGAAGAGCAACAACAUGUAUGGACGUGGAGAAGAUAUAUUCAAAAGCAGGAACCAGAUUUGUUAACUGUGCUUUCGGAACUCAAGAUCGUAUGGACGGAUCGUGAAAAGUUUUCUGAAUUGUACGUAAUGCUUGAGACCUGGAGGCCUCCAAGUGUUGCUGCUGCAUUAACUCUUCUCGGAAAGAGAUGUACAGAUCGAGUAAUUCGAAAAUUUGCUGUGGAGAAGUUGAACGAACAACUUAGUCCAGUCACUUUUCAUCUUUUCUUACUCCCACUUGUUCAAGCAUUGAAAUACGAACCACGUGCCCAGUCAGAAGUCGGAGUGAUGCUAUUAACUCGAGCAUUAAGUGAUUAUCGUAUCGGACAUCGCCUAUUUUGGUUACUUCGAGCGGAAAUUGUUCGUCUGGGGGGCGGUGAUUCGACAAGUGAAGAAUGCCGACGUAUUUCACUUCUGAUGGAAGCAUAUCUACGUGGAAAUGGGGAACACAUUAAUGUCAUUCUUCGACAAGUACAAAUGGUUAAUUCUCUCACUAAAAUCAGUGCAAUUGUCAAAGGGCUAUCAAAAGAAGCUGCGACCCAAAGACUUCGAUAUGAACUGAGAAGUAUCAGUCACAACCUAGAAAACAUAGAUUCUCCGUUGGACCCUGCUUAUAAACUCGGAAAAAUAAUUAUCGAUAAAGCAAUCGUGUUGGGAAGUGCCAAGCAACCGCUCAGACUUGUUUGGAAGAAUAAUAAUCCUCUAAGUGAACAACAUCUCGAAUUUUGCUCAAUGAUUUUCAAGAAUGGAGACGACUUGCGACAAGACAUGCUCGUUUUACAAGUAUUGGAAGUUAUGGAUAAUAUCUGGAAAGCUGCCAACAUUGAUUGUUGCUUAAACCCGUAUGGAGUUCUUCCAAUGGGUGAAUCGAUCGGAAUCAUCGAAGUAGUUCCCAACUGUCAGACUAUUUUCGAAAUCCAGGUCGGAAAUGGUUUCAUGAAUACAGCAGUUCGAAGUAUAGAAGCAUCUUUCUUGAACAAAUGGAUUCGAAAAAAAUGUGGACUUGAAGACGAUAAGAAGAAGAAGAAAAAGAAAGACGCUUCGAAAAAUGAAUCCGUCCAAAAAAUAGAUAACGCACAAGCCACGAAGAAAUACUUUGAAAGUGUGGAUCGUUUCCUUUACUCGUGUGUUGGAUACUCAGUUGCUACGUAUAUUAUGGGCAUCAAAGACCGACAUAGUGAUAACUUGAUGGUUACGGAAGAUGGUAAAUAUUUCCAUAUUGAUUUUGGGCAUAUUCUUGGGCACGGAAAAACCAAACUCGGAAUUCAACGAGAUCGACAACCUUUCAUUCUUACUGAACACUUUCUGACUGUUAUUCGAUCCGGGAAACCUGUGGACGGCAAUUCUCAUGAACUUCAAAAAUUCAAAACUCUUUGUAUCGAAGCGUAUGAAGUGAUGUGGAACAAUAGAGAACUUUUCGUUUCAUUGUUCACGUUGAUGCUUGGAAUGGAAUUACCUGAGUUGUCGACGAAAGAAGAUUUAGACCAUUUGAAGAAAACGCUCUUCUGCAAAGGAGAGAAUAAAGAACAAGCAAGAAAGUUUUUCGCUGGAAUCUACGAAGAAGCUUUCAAUGGAUCGUGGUCUACAAAAACGAAUUGGCUCUUCCACGCAGUCAAGCACUACUAA